AUCACCAUGCCCAUACUGCAAGGCGCCGACACGGUGUCGGCGUGGGAGUGGGCCCUUCUCCCUGCGCAAUCCAUCCAUCCAUCACCGCAAUAAUCCACCAAACGCCCAAUACAUGCAGAGAGACCAUGCACCGGGCAGAGGCGCCCGUCGACUCCGCCAUCGUCACGCCUCUUGUGUCCAUCGGACUUGGGAGAAUGGGCUACAUAUCCGUGCCUAAGUGCGGCUCCUCGGCACCAUCUACAGAACUGCGGCCCACCUUCUGUGCAUGGUCCAUGGUGCAUGGUGCAGGGUACUAUGUGCAUGGUCGCGCGCAUAAUCGCAUAUGAUGAUUGUGGUCGACCUCAUCGUGCCAGUGCCAGUGCCAGUGCUAGAGCAGAGGGAUUGAAAGCACGAGCUGAAACCUCCCGCCCUCCAACCCAGCCGCUGAUCUGACUGGCGGAUGGCCUGGCUGUCGUACUGUAUCCAUCGUGAAGCGCACAGGUCACCACCUCGUCCCGUCCGGCGUCAUACAUUCAUUACCGGACUAUCACUCUGCUGCCCUCCAUAUCAGGUCGGUUAAUCUCUCUCUUUCGCACCCUCUAACUCUCUUUUUCUCCCCACAUACAUUUCUACUUGCGGGGUUGUGAUCCUCAUCCAUGCUGCCUUCAUAUCGCUACUGUAUAUCCUCUAUGACCCUAGAUCUGCUGCACUGGUGACGGAAGCGACCAUGUCCACAACGACCGCUACAGAGUAUCUGCAAGUGCCCAAAUUCUUGCCUACGAAGAAAGCUCGCUCGAGAUCCCGGACCCGAGGACCUAUGGAAACUCGAAGUGAAGUCUCAUCGCCGACACAGGUGAUUGUCUCGCCUCAAAAACUGAGCUUCCGAGCUCCAUCGCCGCCCCGAUAUUUUCGACCCGAGCCUUACCGAACACAAUCAUUACAUAGCGUCUACACGAACAAGCUGGCAUCAGAUUCGACGCCAUACGUGCUGGGGGCGGCUUCGCCUGCGCCAGCUGUGGAAAGGAAAGACUCGCUCAUAUCUGACAUGAGCACGAGCUACGACGACCUCAACGGAGAUCUCUAUGCCCGAGAACCCACGCCCACGCCUCCUCCGGGAAUGUCACUGCGACAGAAACUCAUUGGCGCGUGGAAACUCGAAUCAUAUAUUGCAUAUCCCACACCCAACUCCCGGACCCAACGAUUGACGUAUCCCAUGACGAGAAGUGUGACGGGCUACAUCAUGUAUACUCCCGAUGGAUACAUGUCCGCGCAGAUGUUGAUACCCGGUCAACAAAGCUUCAAGCGAGGAGAAGGAGAAGAGCCACAGUGGGCAGAAGCGGGCAAGCGAUGCUUUGCAUACUGUGGGCCGUACUACAUCACCAACGAGGGGCCCGGUCGAGAAGAAAUCCUCAGACAUACCUUUCAAUGUUGCAGCUUACCCGGCUGGAUCGGAGACAUUCAAGUUCGAACGCAUCGAUUCGAGGAAGAUGGUCAGGUCCUCGUGCUUGGCAGCGAAGAGCCAACAGAAGUCAAGGGCGACAAACGAAUCCCCGUCCUGAAAUGGAGAAGAGCAGUCAACAAUGAAAAUGGCACUCCUCCUCCUCCCAUGCCACAGAUCAAGGUUAGCGGACCUGGAGAACCAUAAAAUAUCAUAUCAGAGGGUAACUGUUUUUUCUUUCUUCUUGAUCAACUACAGAAUCAUCAUCAUCAUCAAGUUCCUGUCGACUGUCGCGUCGAACGACACCACUAAGGAGCAGAGCUCGGGGCCGGUAACUUUUUUUUUUCGUUUGGGCAGGGAGAAGGGAACGUGUAUUAUGGAUCGGAUCGGGUCGGGUCUGUGGAGGGGGGAGGGGGAUUUUGAGGAUUAUACCUACCUACCUACAGGUAACUGAAGUACUAUUGACGUGAUGAUGAAUUGGCUAAAGAUGAAUGUGAUGUGUCAUGUACGAAAUGGAAUGGAAUGGAUUGGAAUGGGAAAUAUAUGAUACAUUGUGGGAGUUGUUUACCUAUCUACCUAGUUAAAGGCUACCUACCUAGCUGGAAUGGAUGGAUGGAUGGAUGGAUGGAUUUAAUGGAGCAAGAAAC